CAAUAAAAGCAGCCCCGAAACGAGCACCUCGACGGCGCCAUCAUCGCCGCCACCACCACCACCCCCGCGACGAGCGCAAAACCCUAGCCUACCCGCGCCACCACCUCCCAUGGCGUUCAAGGCGGCGGCGGUGGCGUCGCCCUCCUCCUCCCCGUUCAUCUCGUCGCGCCGCCUCCCCUCCCCGGCGCUGCGCCGCGCCCGCUCGCCGAGGUGCGUGCUCGGGAGCGAGCAGGUGCGGGUGGUGGUGGAGGAGGAGGAGGGGAAGCGGGUCGGGGUGGCGGCGGCGCCGAGGAGGCCCCCCGUGUGGACCCCCCGCGCGCCCGCGCAGGAGGCCAGGCUCGCCGCGCUGCGCCCCGACGGCCGGGACUCCAGGAUGAAGAUCUUCUCCGGCACGGCCAACCGCCCGCUCGCGCAGGAAAUUGCUUCUUAUUUGGGUGUAGACCUUGGCAAGGUCCUCAUCAAGCGAUUUGCUGAUGGAGAAAUCUAUGUGCAACUGCAAGAGAGCGUGAGGGGCUGCGAUGUGUUCUUGGUGCAGCCCACCUGCUCACCCGUGAAUGAAAACCUUAUGGAGCUUUUCGUCAUGAUCGACGCGUGUCGGCGGGCAUCAGCAAGGUCUAUUACUGUUGUCAUUCCGUACUUUGGGUAUGCCAGAGCUGACAGAAAGGCUCAAGGACGUGAGGCCAUCACUGCCAAACUUUCUGCUAAUUUACUGACGGAAGCUGGUAGUGAUCGUGUAAUAGUAUGUGAUAUUCAUUCUACACAAGCAUUGGGAUACUUUGAUAUUCCUGUGGAUCACAUACAUGGACAGCCUGUGAUUCUGGAUUACCUUGCCAGUAAGACAAUAUCUAAGGAUCUUGUGGUUGUUUCUCCUGAUGUGGGUGGUGUUGUCAGAGCACGCGCAUUUGCUAAGAAAUUAUCUGAUGCCCCUUUAGCUAUCGUUGACAAGAGAAGACAGGGUCACAAUAUGUCAGAGGUCAUGCACUUAAUUGGUGAUGUGAAGGGUAAGGUCGCCAUCAUGGUUGAUGAUAUGAUUGACACAGCAGGGACAAUUACUAGUGCAGCAGCUUUGUUAAAGCAGGAGGGAGCAGAGGCUGUCUAUGCUUGUAGCACACAUGCUGUCUUCAGCCCUCCUGCGAUUGAAAGGCUUUCUGGUGGCAUCUUUGAGGAAGUUAUCGUGACAAAUUCCAUUCUGCUGCCAGAGCACAAAUGCUUCCCUCAGUUGACGGUGCUCUCAAUGGCGAACCUUGUCGCAGAAACAAUCUGGCAUGUUCAUCGUGAUGGUUCUGUGAGCAGCAUAUUUCAAUAGCAGUGAUGCUAUGCCUACGCUUGACCACAUUUGUGUGGUACAGAGAAGGCACCUGAUGCUUUUGCCAUCUGCGUAGGAACCAAUUUUGGUGACAAGACUAAAUAAGGCUGUAGUGCCGUGUAGGCAUCACACAUGCAUAUCUGUGUGAUCAGUUUUGUUCUUGACACCCGCUAAAGAGUGUGUUCCUCUUAAUAUGACAGCAGAAUGUCCGUUGUAUCAUGCAUAAGAAUACGAUUCCUGUCGUUCUUGCGUAUCCUUUAGCAACUGUGGAAGGGCAAGGAAUUGAUUUACAUCAGAAAAUGUAAGUAUUGUUCACUUGUUCAUCACAACAGCAUGAUGCUUAGGCUUAGCUCUAACAAAAAAAAGUCUCAGUUUUCUCCAGAAAUUGUUGUUGGAGACUCCAAACUUGUAUUUACAUAUGCUCAUAUGGAUUUUAUAGCGAUGCAGGAGACAGUUUAAUACAAUUGAGACAUAGGGAAAAUGUUUAUGUUGUACAAUACUAGUACACGUGGCAUUCCAGCCUAUUUUAUACCGUACUAUGAUUCUGAAUCCUGUAAACAGUUAACCCUCCUCAGUUACAAGUUAAUUUCCUAGUGCAUCUCUUUCCUGCUGAA